UCUUGCCUGUCUGUUUUGGCUUUUGGCUGUCCUGUCAGUCUCGUAAACCUUUUUAAGUUGGUGGAGGGGGUUGUUGAUUAUUUCUUAUUAUUACUCGCGGCACCUGUCACUUGCCCUCGAAUUCAUUCCCUGCAGGUCUUUCCUCUCCCCUUCGACGCCAAUCCUCUGGAUACCUACCUACUUGGACCUGUAUGUAACUGUACAGGACACGACACUGGUACACGACCGGUACUCGAUCCUCGACUUGGUAUACACAUCUGUCGUUACAUACUCGUAAUACCUGGUGGUCCAGUUCCCUAGAUCUCGGUAGCACCCGACGAAAACGAAGACGAGGAUCCCAUCCCCUACCUUCCACGCCGCCCUGCGACUGGAUUCGUCAGAUUUCAGAGAGGAAGGGAGUGAAGAUUUUCUGGAGGUCUCGUGAUGCUUUUCGUGGGCAUCGAUACGUAUGCUCUCGCGCCGCCAUCAUAGUUUGGGGGUUGGCCAACAAACUGCCGUCGAAUCGAGAGUGCUGUCUCUUGAUAAACUACCGCCGCUACCUCUGUUAGCUCUCCCGCCCCACCCACAUCUACAAGUAGCAAUUGCUAGCACUGGCACUGGCACUGCUCGGCCCGCUGCUGUCCACCACCACUACCAGCACCAACAUCAGCACUAUCAAGUGCACUCAUCACCCGUAGUCACCACCAAUCGUCGUAUCUCAAAGCCGACUUCCACUACCACUUCCACUCCCAGUUCUACUUCCACUUCCACCCUCUUCCUCCUCCACCAACCUGCUGCUACUACUUCGACGCGCGAUUAUGUCGUGUCGUGCGCAAAGGACUCUGUAUUCAAACGAGAGACGGAGGAAAAGGGUCGGAGGAGCAUUAUGCACAGCGUGCUUGGACUGACCUCUUCGCCCUCACCACCACAGAAGGCCCUUCCACUGAGAUUACACGACCAACUGGAGCCAACGACACCAUUUACAUUUUGUAUCUCUCCGAACCCAGCUAUGAAUUUAACUUUUAACCAUCGCCCAUCUCCGCCUCGACCAAGGAAACGAUGUCGAUCCGUGGCUGAUGUCGACGGCGAACACUCCUGUUUGCAUAAGAAGAAACGCCGUCUUAGGUUGUUUCUCAUCACUUCCCGUUUAUCACCCGAGUUCUCUAGUCCUGCUACCAACAUUGUAGACCGGGGAAGCUCGAAGAUUGCUGUUUGGGCAAGGCAGAAAGCGCUGGGGAGGAACCUCUUACGCAAGGCUGCCAUCCUCAACCGCGUCAAACGCCGAGACCAAUAUGCAAGAGAGACUCACGAGGGAUUGGGGGUAUCCCUCGCUGCUCAAGAGCACGAAUCCAAGCAGUUGGAGUUGGCGAGGUUGGCCCUGGUGUAUGGCAGUCAUGACUCCUAUACUCGGAUGGUGUUACCACAAACGACCCCAUCUACGUCUUCAGACGCCAUACGAAUAGACAAGGUGGACCUUUCCUCGAGCCCGAGUCCGAACUCUUCUUCACCUAACUUCGCGCCUGUGUCCUUAGACGACGGGGGCCUGAUUGAAACAGCAGGCGAUAAUCCCAACAGUGCGUACGUGUACGCCUACACACCAACGAAGGCGCAAAUACCGCGACGGAAUCACAUCCCACUUCCCCCUUCACCCCUUGGACUUUCUAAUUACGAUGCUUUUGAUCAAGAAGAUGCCUUUCCGGAUCCUUAUGCCCACUUCGAUGACGAUGAUGAGGAGGGAGGCGGAAGCAGUGGGCAACUGUUCGGCAACACUGACUAUCGAGAAACGACACCUCCCCCCAAAUCAUCAAUCGCCCAUAGCUCGACAACCCCAACAUCCAGCACGACACCUCGCAACGCCUCAGGCACCCCACCCCCAACAAUCUACUCCGACUUCGGAAAACUCGACCCAGGCGAGUCCAUCGUCGGCGACUUCGACCAAGUCGAAGAAGGCUCCGACCCAAUCUGGCCGACACAAUUCGAAGAAACCCACCUCACCAACCCAACACGUCCCCCCGAGCCAUCACCCCCCUCUCCAAACCUCCAACCAGCAUCCUGCUCCCCCAACUUCGCCGCUUUCUUCGCGUCAACAAAACAGCACGCACCCGCUGCUCCCCCUGUCCAAGCACAGUACCGCGACGCGGGGAGCCAACUCCUCGAUGAGAGGAGUAGACGCGAGAGGGAGGUCCAAGAAGAGCGGCUCAGACAGCGGAAACUCAUGUUUCCGCAGUUCCAUCCUACUAUGUAACGCUGCUCCAUGCAUCCCUUCUCUUCCUGCCAGCGAUUCGUUUGUUGGGUAGCUAGCUAGCAUCAUCACCAUCAUCAUCAUCAUAUUGCAUAUUAUCAGUCGGCCGGUCGGUUUGCUAUAAAAUUCUAUCUUCAUCAAGUAGGGGGCUUCCAAACUAAGCGGGGCGGGCAAAAAAUGGGAUAUGGAAUGGGUAUAAUAUAUACGUACGUCGUUUGACUGUGCUGUGAUGUGGGAAAAGUUUGGGGUGUUGGGGUGGUGAUUUGCAUUUUGUUUGGGUUGUGAUGGGUUCUGG